AUGAAGUCUUUCCCGAUGAUACUCGUCCGCGAGUUCAACGGACGAGACAUCAGCUAUCGUGUUGCGGCCCGACGAGCUCGCAACUACUGGGAACUCCUCGCGAAUGUGCACAACAUCUUCGUCAAGCCGUGGCAACGCUACAACGCGCAUCUUCAUUUCGACGAUCAUGCUUGCGACGACCGGAUGAGUCCGAGCGAAUGGGAUGCUGGAGGCUACUUCGAUCCUGAAUUUGUAGUGGACGGCAGACUGGUACUAUAUGUACACUUCGAACAAGUGGAACCACCGCCAGAAUCUAGCAUGGAUGCACACAAUUCUUUUGAGACGGAGGAAGAGGAUAAGCUAUGGUACCGGGGAACAUAUGGCGAUCAGGGUCUCCGAACAAAGAGAAAAUUCUUGGAAGACAUCGAAGAUUAUCUCGUGGAAUCGAAGCAAGAUCCGUCUACGCCCUUUCCAAAGGGACUGCCACACAACCCCUUCAAUACAGAGCCGGUCCUCAAGUCAACCUAUACACUCAAGAGCACACUCGCGUUACCGGUUGCUGCCAACGAGGUGGUGACCGUAGAUGACCCGAGUAGCAAAAGUCAUCUUGACACUGGCGUCGUGAUUGGGCGCGCCCUACCACAAAGCUGCCUUGACCCCAAUGUCCGCCCUGUCGUUCGCGCUAUAAUCAACAAAGUCGGGGCUGUAGUGGCUUACAUUCCCAGGAAGUACUCAAAACAGAGCGCAACCAAAGGAGCUAUACAGAUCGCGAUGACGCACGUGGAAUAUACACCUCAACUAGAAGAGUAUCCGUCUGGUGAAGAGAGAACACAAGCCAUAAAAGCUAUGAUCGAAGAGCGAAAUGCACCCCGCAACACGAACACCCUUCCGGGUUCCCGUCUCUCUACCGUCAGUCCAUCACCACCAGUUGUCUCUGAAGCUACCACAUCUGAGGUGUCAUUCGUCGUCGUCGAUGAUACCGAGCAUCCAGGCCUGUGCAAACAAGGAGUCGUCAUCGGCCAUGCGAAGGAACAUUGGUGUCUUACACCACACAAACGUCCUGCUGUUCGUGCAAUGCUGAAUAAGAAGAACGCCGUCAUUGCAUUUGUUCCCGCACGACACACUGGACAUACGGAAAGGAAUGGUGAGAUACAGAUCCCGCUGAAGGACGUGGAUUUCUCGAGACCGCUUGCAGCGUUGUCGUUCUCGAAGAUACCUGAUGCUAUCAGAGACAUGAUCAGGACGAAGAAGGAGUCAAACGAGAAGUCUGCGGUGCAUGGGUCAGCUGGUCAUACGGGAGGCAAAGUGAGAAAGAGGAGAGCAAAGCAGACCGUAAAAUCCCUUGCGUAUGUGGAAGACGAGGACGAGGAGGGCUCCAUUUCGGACACUACAGACGUUCCCGAAGGCGGUGUUCAACACUGA